AUGAGGACUAUCGUUUUGAACUUCUUGGUAUCGCUUUUCUUCAUCGGGAUCCUGACGCAAUCUCACCGGAGGCCUAAACCGGUUUUUACCUGUGGAGGAAACAUUACUGGGGAGUCUGGCGUCUUUGGUAGUCAGGGAUACCCAGGUGUCUACCCAGCAUAUACCAAAUGUGUGUGGAAAAUUACGGUGCCUCGCGGCAAGGUGGUGUCGCUCUCUUUCCGCGUGCUUGACCUGGAGAGUGACACCUUGUGCAGGUAUGACUUCGUGGAUGUGUAUGACGGGCACAUCAAUGGCCAGCGGCUGGGACGCUUUUGCGGGACUUCCAGGCCAGGUGCUCUCGUCACCAAUGGCAACAAGAUGCAGGUGACGAUGGUGUCCGACGCCAACACAGCAGGUAGUGGAUUUCUGGCUGUAUUCGCCGGUGUGCGGUCCAACGAGAAAGGGAAUCGAUACUGCGGAGGCCUUCUGGACAGACCGUCUGGCUCCCUGAAGACUCCCAACUGGCCCGAGAAGGACUACCCUGCCGGCGUCACCUGCACCUGGCACAUUGUAGCUCCCCGAAACCAGAUCAUCGAGCUGAAGUUCGAGAAGUUUGACGUCGAGAGGGACAACUACUGCCGCUACGACCACGUGGCCAUCUUCAACGGGGCGGAGGCCAGCGACGCCACGCGUAUCGGGAGGUUCUGUGGCGACAGCCCCCCCACCCCAAUUUACUCUGAUGGCAACCGUCUCCUCAUUCAGUUCCUGUCUGACCUGAGUUUAACGGCGGAUGGUUUCAUCGGUCAUUACCAGUUCAGGCCCAAGGACUCCAUCAUCAGCACUAGGAGACCACCCACCGCCACCAUCACCACCCCCUCCACACCUGCUGUGACCACAGGGCCAGUGGAGGCUCUGUGCAGGCAGAAAUGCAGGCGGACUGGGGUGAUUGACAGCCACUACUGCUCGAGCAACUUCGUGAUCACCGGCACGCUGGUGUCGGCGGCCCUGCGAGAGGAGAGCCUGCACGCCGUCCUCGCCAUCAUCGGCGUGUACAAGCAGGGCAGCCUGGCCAUCCAGCAGGCGGGGAAGAGCCUCAGCGCCCGCAUGGUGAUCCUCUGCCGCAAGUGCCCCCUGGUCAGGAGAGGCCUGAACUACAUUGUUAUGGGCCAGACGGAUGAGGAGGGAAGGGGGGUGAUCGCGCCCCACCACUUUGUGAUGGCCUUCAAAGGCAAGAGGCACAGAGAGCUGAGCGUGCUGAAGAACAUUCACUGCUGAAGCUCCAGCUGGGAGAGAGAGAAAGACUGAGAGAGAGAGAGUGAGAGAGAGGGAGAGAGAGAGAAAAGGAGAGCGAGAAUUGAGAAAGCUUGUCAUGCUUCAUCGGAACUUGAGUCGCCUAAUUUCUUUGCAGCUCUUAACAGAGGAGCAGUGCAAGGGUUGACAGGCUAAUUUGCAGUGAGCUAUGAUUAUAUCUCCCAGACGUUACGAUAUGGCUUAUUGAUGGUUGCAGCGUAACCAGGCAAAUGUGAAUUCAUAAAUGUGAGAGUGUUUAUUGGGUAUUUAUGCAUGCAGGAUGCCCCAGUUGUUGUCACAGCGGGCCCCACACUUCAUUAUAGGUUAGCCACUAGCUGUGAAAUUCAACAACCACUGCACAUGAGUAUUAUGCUGCAGACUUAAGACUUUAGUAUGUCAGGAGUUGCCACGAAUAACAGUAGUAUGCCUCAAAAUGAAUUGUUUAGAUAAACAGAUGAAGUCUUAUUUAUGACUUUUACAUAGACGGUAUUCUGUAUUGCAUGAAAACACUUUGACAUGAACUGAAAUCAUACAGUGGUUCGAUGCUGCUUUUUUUUUUUUUAUAGC